GUGUCAAGAGUAUACUGUCAUCUGUCACAAAUCAACGUGGGAAACAUUUGGUUUAUUGGUUUGAGUAACCAAAAAGCACGUGUUUUUAAAACAAAACGUACGUUGUUUUUAUGCUGAAUAAUUCAUUUGGUAUCACAACUCUACAAUUUGCGAAAGACUUAACACAGAAUGGGUCGGAAAGCCAAAUUCGAUGAAACAAAGAAAGUUAAAAAAGGUCCAGGGAGGAAAGCCCGCAAACAGCCAGAUCCUGUUUUUAAAAAGGAACUCUUGGAGGAUGACACAGAGACAAAAAAAUUGACUCACAGACAAAAACAAAGGGCAGCAAAAAGGGCAAAGAAAAAGGCAGAUUUAAUUGAAAAGAAAAAGUCCUUAAAACUGGCCAAAAAGAAUGUUGCCAAACAAAAUGAAAAGGUCAUAUCUGAGGAAAUUGCUGAUGCUUCUGAUGAAGAAAAUGUCAAAGGAUUCACUGAUGACAAUAAACAAUGGCUGAAACCAAAGCAGAAAGCAAAACCUAAAAAACAGGAGUCUGAGUCAGAGGAAGCAGACAGUGGACAUGAAGAAUCUGAGAUGGAACAAGAUUCAGAUGCAGCUGAUGAAGAAGAAGAAGAAGGGGUUAAAACUGAUGGAGAAAAAUAUAAGGUUGGAACAUUAGAUGAUUUAUUCCAAGAUUCAGAUCAAGAGAAUGGUGAUGUCACAUCAGAGGACGAAGGUCAAGCUAGUGCUAAAAUGGAUUAUAAUUCUGAUUCAAGUGAGGAAAAAUCAGAUGAUGAUGAUGAGGAGGACAAAGAUGAUGAUGACAUGUUACCUAUUGAGAAAGCCAAUAUUAAACUCAAGAAAAAGCAAAAACUAGAAAAAAAGCUUGCAGAUGAAGAAAUGCAAUUAAAUAUUGCCAAACAAGAUGUAUUUGCAUUUCCAUCUGAGGAAGAACUAGAGAAUCCAACUAGCCUACAAGAUGUUCAUCAAAGAAUUAAAGAUGUUGUCACAGUGUUAUCAGAUUUUAAUCGCCUCAAAGAAGAGGGCAGAUCACGAUGCGAGUACACUGAUUUACUACUUAAAGAUUUGUGUACAUACUACAGCUAUAAUGAGUUUUUGAUGGAAGUGCUGAUGCAGAUAUUCCCAGUGCAAGAGCUAGUUGAGUUUUUGGAAGCUAGUGAAAUUGCUAGGCCUGUUACUAUUCGAACAAACAGUCUUAAAACCAGGAGACGUGACUUGGCACAGGCACUGAUUAACAGAGGCGUAAAUUUAGACCCUGUUGGCAAAUGGAGUAAAGUUGGUCUUGUAGUGUAUAGCUCCACAGUCCCCAUUGGAGCUACACCUGAAUAUUUAGCUGGUCAUUACAUAUUGCAAGGAGCAUCAAGUUUCUUACCUGUCAUGGCAUUGGCACCACAAGAAAAUGAAAGGAUUUUAGACAUGUGUGCUGCUCCAGGUGGUAAAGCGUCACAUAUUGCUGCAAUAAUGAAAAAUACUGGAGCUCUCUUUGCCAAUGAUGCUAACAAAGAAAGAACAAAAGCAGUUGUCGGUAAUUUCCAUAGACUUGGAGUUGUAAAUGCUGUUGUGUGUAACUAUGAUGGACGACAAUUCCCCGACGUGAUCAAAGGUUUUGACAGGGUCCUACUUGACGCCCCCUGUACGGGUACUGGUGUUAUCGCUAAAGACCCUAGUGUUAAGACCACAAAGGAUCAGAAAGACAUACAAAGGUGUUUUAACCUGCAAAGACAGCUCCUGUUAGCAGCUAUUGAUUGCUGUAAUGCUAAAUCUAGUACAGGGGGCUAUAUCGUAUAUUCUACUUGUUCUAUAUUGCCUGAAGAAAAUGAGUGGGUAGUUAAUUAUGCACUAAAACGAAGGAAUGUAAAAUUAGUGCCAACUGGUCUUGACUUUGGAACUGAAGGAUUUGUGAAGUACAGACAACACCGGUUUCAUCCUUCAUUAAAAUUGACAAGAAGAUUUUACCCUCACACACAUAAUAUGGAUGGCUUUUUUGUUGCAAAGCUUAAAAAAUUCUCAAAUGUUAUUCCUGAACCUUUCAAAGACGAAGAUGAUGAGGAAGAGGCUGAAAAAAAAGAAACCACUGAAACAGCGCAAAAUGGUGAAUCAGAAUCGGAAAAUGUAACUACAGAUUCCAAGCAAGAUAUCAAAAACACAAGUGUAAAAAGAUCAAUUGAAUCCACAAACCCAACCACUGAGCCACAGAAAAAGAAGAACAAACCAGACAUUCAGAAAAGACCUGAAACAACAGCAAAUAAUGAAAAUCAACAAAUAAAAAAAAAUAAGAAGAAAAGAAAUCGUAAAAAUAAAAACAAACAGAAUAGUGACACAGCAGGUAGUAAACAAAAUACUUCUCAAAAUGGUGCCGCCAAAAAUGAACAAACAUCUCAGAAAACAACAAAAGUGAAUAAAAAAGACAAGAAGGGCAAUGAAGACUCGCCAAAACCACAGCAGCCUGCCAAACAAAGUCCAGGUAAAAAACCCAAUAAAGUAAAUAAAAAUCCACCUACUACUCAGAAUCCAACACAGAACAAGAAUGAAGGUAAAAUAACAAAUAAAGUAGAAAUUGAGGCAUCUAAAAAACUUAAAAACAAAUUUAAUAAAAAGAAAAAGCAGAUUGGACAAAUAAAAGGUGAUAAAGAUAAAGGCAACCCGAAACAAGGAGUAAAUAAAAAAUUCAAGAAGAAAUAAAGUGACAUGUAAUGUUAAUAAGUGAUUACUAUUUUAAUAAUAAACAAUUUUUGAAAUAUUAAUAAUAUUUUAA